AUGCCCGCCUGCGUGGUCUGUCUCCCGGCGUCCACACGGUGGACACCAAGCAGCGGAGUGUCGGACGACGUGUUCGGCCCGACGUGGCAGCUCCUACUUGACACCCUCGCAAAGUCGGGCCAUUCCGGUUUUAUUGCGCUUCUACAACACUCUGCUGUCCGCAGCGCCAUUAACGGCGCGCUUAACGGCGCGCCGUUUACGGUUUUCGCCCCGUCCGACGAGUCUCUAGUGAGGCUGCCGGCGGUGACCGUCGCCAUGUUACAGAACUCGUCGCACAUCGAAACCCUCCGCCAAGUCGUGCUGUACCACUUCGUUCGCGAUAAAAUAUCGCGCUUCGCGUGGGAGGGCCCCUGGCGGACCGUGCAAGGCGAGAGCCUCGUUCUGCACCUGGAAGACGCGAGCUUCACUGUAUCGGACGUGCCUGUACUGGAAUACGCCGCCGCAAUCUCGACGAGCUUCGUGGUGCACACGACGGACGGGCUUCUGUUCCCCCCCAGCACCCGCGCGCGCCUCACUGGCGCAGAGGGCCGCGCGCCGGGGGCAGCUUUUCUGGCGAAGGUCAAAUCGGCGUCGCAAAAAGAGGGCGGGGAAAUUGGCGGAAAUGAUUAUACAGAGGAGUACGAGGAGGACUAUGACGAGGAUGUAUGGCGACGGGAGGCGCUCCAACAAUACAACUCAUUCUACCUAUACGCUCCAGCUCCAGCUCCCGCGCCAUCCUCUAGUCUAUCAGCGGGCGCCAUCGCAGGGAUUGUGAUUGGGUGUGUGGCGGGAGUUGUCCUCAUUGCGGCGCUGCUCUACUACCUGCUCGUUGCCCGCCACCACAAGGACGUGCGCUCCCUCUUCUGCUGCUCUCACCCACCGGAAGACCCAGAAGAAUCUGCAGCCAUGGCAGCAGCGGGAGUGGCAGAAGGUGCUGCAGCUCCCGCUGAUGCUGAUGCUGAUGCAGCAGCAGCGCCGUAUGCACCCUUAGCAGCAGGGGCAGGCGGGCCGAUGCAGUGCCAACAGUACCCACUGGCGGUGCUGAAGCAGGCCACAGGGAACUGGGCGGAGGAGCAACGCAUCGGCAGCGGGGGGUACGCAGACGUGUACCGAGCUGUGGACCCCGCAGACCCGUCGGUGAUCAAGGAGAUGGCGUCGAAGCACCACCCGAACCUGGUGCGGCUGCUGGGGUACUGUCUGGACAUGGACACGGUGAACGAGCGCAUGGAGCAGAUCCUCAUCUACCAGUUCAUGCACAACGGCGACCUCGAGCACUGGGUCGGCACCGACGCCGCCAAAGCGCUCACCCUGGCGCAGCGCAUGGACGUGCUGGUGGGGGCGGCGCAUGGGCUGGAGUAUCUGCACAGCUUUGGCAUCGUGCAUCGCGACAUCAAGCUGGCCAACAUUCUGCUGGACGACCACAUGCACGCCAAGGUGGCCGACUUUGGCCUUGUGCGCAUGGGCGAGGGCACCUCCGUGUACACCACUCGUAUUCUCGGCACGCCGGGCUAUGUGGACCCCGCUUAUUCCCGCACUCGCAAGGCCACAACUGCCACUGACGUGUUCAGCUUUGGCAUCGUGAUUCUUGAGGUCAUCACUGGGAGGCGAGCGCUUGUCAACACAGGCAGUGGAAACAGCACCAUUAAAGAAUGGGCUGAGGAGGCGCUACAGAGCAAUGAUCUGUCGCGCCUGAGGGAUGCGCAGCUGCACCCGCCCUUGCCGGACGACAUCCUGCUGCGAGCAGUGCGUCUGGCCAUCAGCUGCACGCUCAUGCCCACCGCUACGCGCCCCACCAUGAGCCACGUGUACAGCGAGCUGGGCGCCAUCCGGCAGGAGUGCUUUGGCGCAGAGGAGAACAGAGCAGCGCACAAGGUGGAUGACGAGCUGCGCAUGGUGCAGGCACAGGUGUCCAUCCCGCUAGAAAAACAGCUCGAGUUCAUCGAGUCGUUUGGUUCCUCCAAGGCUGAAUCAUCCUCGCUUGGCAAAAUGGGGUGA